CAACAACAAGAAAAACACAUACACAACUAGCAAGAAAUGGCAAACAAGCUUUUCCUCGUUGGCGCAACUCUCGCCCUCUGCUUCCUCCUCACUAACGCUUCCAUCUACCGCACUGUCGUCGAGUUCGAUGAAGACGCCACCAACCCCAUGGGCCCAAGACAGAGAUGUCAGAGGGAGUUCCAGCAAUCACAGCACCUAAGAGCUUGCCAGCAAUUUAUGCGCAGGCAAGCGAGGCAAGGCCGUGGUGGCGACGAGUACGAUUGGGAAGAAGACAUGGAGACCUCACGAAGACCCCAGCAGCUACUCCAGCAGUGCUGCAACGAGCUUCGCCAGGAAGACCCAGUUUGCGUUUGCCCCACCUUGCAGCAAGCGGCCAGAUCGGUUAGCAUCCAGGGUCAGGGACAGGGACAGCAGAGACAAAGCCAAGCUAGGCAAAUUUACCAGACAGCCAAGCACUUGCCUAACGUUUGCAACAUCCCGCAAGUUGAUGUUUGUCCCUUCCAGAUCCCUUCCGGCCCUUCUUACUACUAAGUUCCAAACAAAACCUUCGAGCGUAUGAUCGUGUGGUUGUUGGUACAUGCUAACACCACACAUCAUCGUGUCUUUUUAUGAAAAAUGUAAGCAUUAGGAUGUUUCAGGCUAAUGUAAUUAGCACUACUCCGUAAUAAAUGUGAGGUUUGUUUAUGUUUUUGGUUUGUUACUUUUGCUCUUCUCUGAAGCGAUGACAAUUAAAUAAAAACAAUGAAUUUAUUUCCAAA